AGGCUGCGUUGGCAAGUCCCCAAUGGGGAGAUGGACAACAGGGAAUGGACGUGCCUGAGCAGAUAAUAAUAAAUACGGGAGCUGCACUUCUCGUUUAGUCCUCUAUUAUCAUGACAAGAAAGUUGCUCGAGGUAUCCAUUGCUAUCUUGCUCUUGGUGGCAGCCAGUGAAUCGUUUGCACUGGGUUUGCCUCAGCUCAAGCGUACUUCCAGAGCAUCGACAAUCCGUUUUGCCGAGAAUGGUAACACAGAUACCGAAAAGACAACAACAGUAUCGGAAGAUAAAGAAGACAGCUCCCCUGUGGAAAUGAAGACUUGGAAUCCCCUUCGCCUGUUGGUGCUAAAGGCUGGCCUUACGGAGCCAAUGUACACAUCUCCGUUGAACUCUGAGAAACGAGAGGGUUCCUAUUCGUGUGCCUUUUGUGGCAACGUCCUGUUUGACGCUUCGUCCAAGUACAAUUCUGGCAGUGGCUGGCCUUCCUUUUGGCGAAGCGUUCGAGAAGGAGCCAUUAGCCACAAGAGAGAACUCGACGGUCGUCUGGAAUGUCGUUGUGGCAAGUGUGGAUCUCAUUUGGGACAUACCUUCCCAGAUGGUCCCCUGCCAACGGAGUUCCAAGAGAAUUUAGUGAAAUCCAUACCGGCAUCCGACCCCAAACCGGCUCAGCGAUUGCCUCGAUUUUGUGUAAAUGGAGCAUCCUUGAGGUUUGAACCCAACGAAGAACAGCAGCAAUAAGCGAUGUGAGAGUCUUCUUUGUUUUAGUGGUUAGGUGACGAGAUGGGAGAUUGAUAGAGCAUUGUCCAUCAUGCCGGAUAUGUCAGCAUUACUGAAUACGUGUGACGACUCUUCAGCGUAAGGCAUACCAAUAAGCGAAAAGUGCAAGCCCACUUUAAAAAGUAACUAUUAUCUUCUUGAUUGC